GUGAGAGAUCUACUCCACUCAGUGCUGCCAGUGCUGCCACUGCAGCCAGUCCUGUCAUCGCUGCCCCUGCCUGGUCAGCACUAUGGGCACUAAGUCUUUCUUGACAAGGGCCCGGGGUCUGCUCCGCAUCCGAAAUCAGCUGGUGCGGGAAUGCCUGGCUGAGCUGCUGGCCACCUUCGUGAUGAUGACAAUCACCCUGAGCAGCGCUGCACAGAAGAUCACCUUCUUUGAGACGAAGGGGAACCUCCUCACCAGCUACCUGGGAGGCGCCCUGGGUGUCAUGGCAGGCAUCUACGUAGCAGGGGGAAUCUCUGGGGCCCACAUGAACCCGGCAUUCUCCUUAGCCAUAUGCCUGAUCGAGCAGUUUCCCUGGUGGAAGUUUCCCAUCUUUGUGAUUGUGCAGACCUUGGGAUCUUUCAUAUCUGCUGGAGCUGUUUACAUCCUCUACUAUGAUGCCAUCUGGCACUACAGCAAUGGGACCCUUACUGCCUUUGGCCCCCGAGAAACUGCCUCCAUCUUUGUAACCUACCCAGCUGACUAUGUCUCCGUCGCCAAUGGCUUCUUGGACCAGGUGAUUGGCACAGGGGUGCUGAUAUUGGUUGUCAUGGGCCUCAUGGACACCCGCAACAAGGCUGUCCCCAAGGGCCUUGAACCAGUGGUUGUGGCUCUCUUGGUGCUCUCCAUUGAAUGCUCCAUGGGGGCCAACUGUGGCUGCCCCCUGAACCCUGCGCGGGACAUCGGGCCCCGGCUUUUCAUCUGUCUGGCAGGUUGGGGCCUGGAGGUCUUCAGCAGGGGCAAUGGAUGGUGGUGGGUGCCCCUGGUAGCACCGCUGCUGGGGGCCGCCGUGGGCACAUCCCUGUACCAGCUCUUUGUGGCUUUCCACUACCCGGAGGAGGAUAGCGAAGUCCUGGCAGAGCAGGGCUCCAUCGUUCUAGUCAACACCACCAUCGAGCCAGACAUUGGGAUGUCACCCAAGGAGAAGGACACUGAGGAGACAGUGCCUGCUGGGUAUCCCCCACCACCAUGCAUGAUGUCCUAAAGAAGCCUUCCCACCAUCCUUUAUCAAUUAUAGAUUCCCACUGUUUGAUUGAUACAUGAGCUAUUUUCCAAAUGUCUUUUGCUAUAUCCAAAACUGUAUCCCAGUUAUCAUCAAUUUGCAGGCAACAAUCAGAUAAGUUAAAUUUUCCACAAUUUUCCUCCCUCUUCUGCUAACAAAUAGUCUAAAGCAAAUCAAUUUUAUAUACUAUAGCUCUGGUUUGUCUUUGCUUACCGAUUAUUAAUUCCAGGCCUUGGGCUGUUUAUUCACUAUAAUCUCUACAACUGCUUGGAGUCUUAUAAUAAAGUUUAAUAUAUAAAUUGGGGUUUGAUAUCCCUAGCUUCCAUCAUGGGCCCCGGUGGCUGGUUCAUAUGUUUGUAUUAUUCAUUCAGGAGGCUAUUCAUCUUUACCCCAGGAAAGAUGGCGUGUCCUCCCAGUCUCUCCAAUUAGUUUUGUUCCCUUUUGUUUCUUUUUAAAGCAUCACAGCUAGGUACUCCUAGGUUAUUUCCAUCCCAGCUUGGUAAAAGGAAAAAUCCUGGCUGUAAAAUUCUUAGAGUGCAACCUCCUUUCCACUGGGGAGGGAGUUUUGGAUAAGCCCUUUUCCCACAUAUCCAGAAUAGGCCAUUUGGUGCUUUCCAAUAAUCAUGGCUUUGAUGAUUUAUGUUUUUCCAGAAUUAUGAUAAUUCAGAAAUCCCUGAACAGGGAUUCUUCUUAGUAUCAUUACACAAGAAAAGUUCAAUUUCUUUAUUAUAUCUACAGUUCUUUUUUCUCUCUUGAGCUCAAUACUGUGUGAGUCCUUCAGGGAUCUACUACACAGAAGUUCCAGGAAAAAUUUUGUAUCUUUUACAGGAAGUUUGUCCUACUCUUUUUAGGAAUCUUUUCCCAAUAUGCCAGAGGCAUUCAUCUCCUACUACUUUGGAACUCAAAAUCCACCCUUCGGGACUGCUUUCUUCUUUUAUGUUAGCUCAGUUCCAUUUGAGAAGUUCAAGCAUGCCUAGGCUAUUACCUUUCCAUGGCCAUUCCUCUGUCAUCAGAGCUCCCCCACACACCCAACAAUUGGUAACAUUUAGUCCUUUACUGAUUCUCUCCCAUAAACUUACAAACAUGUUUUUCCUAACCUCAA